AUGAGCCAUUUCCUGUACAGUGGACCUCUAGACACACCAACCAGUACGCCCUCAAUCCUCGAUAGCGACGCGUCGCGCCUCUCAACUCGCCUCUGCGAAAGCCGGCUUCGAUUCAUAAAACAGGUACCGAUCGACCUCAAGAGCGAGCUUUGCUCUCCAAGAGACCGGCGAGCUGCCCUUGCUGUAUACAAUGAAGCUAUUGAAACUUCCAAAAGCACAAACGCAAACCAUCUCGACGUCGAAACAGAGGCCGAAGCCAGGAUCGAGACAAUAUUGGGGAUCAAACGCGCAGAUCCAUCCGAUCGUGUGUUCCAGAAGAGCCUUCUCUUACCCAUCGACCCGAUGUACGCAGAACCUCGCAUAGAGGCUAGCGAGGAUGGAUUAAGCUAUCACGCGUCCUGGAGGUUACAUGAAUGGCGACGAGAUGGUUGGCCGGGAUCGUAUCCAGGUAGAGCCAUUGAGAAAGAGAAGACCAUGGAGGGUGAUCCCGGCACAUGGCGCGACCAGGACUGGUCUGAUGAACCAAGCAAGGAUUGGCCGAAUUUGGGCGGCAAGACAAUGUAA